ACCAUAAUUUAAAGAAAAACGGCUCUUCUAAGAGCCACCAAAUUUACCAAAAGUCAAUGACCUAUGGGGAUUUCCUUUACUUUACUCAUUGUUUGCUUUUGUUUGACCUGGCUUAGAAAACGAUUUAAUGAAAAAGUGUAAAAAUCCUGAAACUGACGUGCCCCUCAAUUGAGAGCGGUCACAAGUUACUUUGCUCCCUUUUUCGAAUAUAUCGAGCGUAAAACCGCAAUUGUAGCUACGAAUAUAUAGUUCCCCCUUUUUGGCGGAUUCCUUCGGUGCAUUAACUGAUUCUUAACUUUUGCAACGGACCACGCUGUUAGGGAGACCCUGCUUGAACCCCGGUCUCCGUGAAAGUCUGCCAUAGUAAAUCUACAAUAAAACAUGUAUUUUACCACAAAAGAUUAAACACCGAGUAGCAUAGCAAAAGAAGGGACUAUAACUCGCGCGGCUUUUAGAAAUGAUUUCCUUCCUUCUCUGGCUAGUCUCCAGUCCCCCAAAAUCCAUGAACCACCAGUCCUUCGCAACUAGCAACAUGGCCGAUUGAAGAACUAAAAUCUGCGUCGAAAGGCAAGUGGUGGCGCUCGAAGGCUGAUAUUGGAAUAAAUGAUUUCAAGUAGAACUUUCAGUUUACUAUCUCAAGAAUAGUUAUCGAAGUUCUUUCGAUGAAAAAAACUCGGAUCUCUCGUCGCCAUUCGCCAUCAAGUACCCACUAUUCAGGUGAUGUAAACAAAACAAGGAAUGCUUCGAAGGCAAGGCUUGUGGUGUCUCCAAGUAGCUCCACACCAGAUAUCCAACAGACAUCCAAAAGUGACAGUGUAUUUGGGAAGACACUCUUAAGCACACAGACGUCAUUAGGUGCAAGGGAUAGACAACUACAAAAAUACCAGCAACAGUUAGAGCAUCUAAAGAAAGAAAACAAGGAACUUAAAGCAGAGCUGCAAUUCAUCAGUUCUCUCUAUAAACAGCUUGUGGAAGAGGCACCUCAGGAGAGGUUUGAUGAACGAAGAGUUAAUUUACUUAAAUCUCAGGUUAUACAGCUAGAGAGACAAGUUCUUCUCCAGGCAAGUGCUUUGCAAGCCAGAAAAAAUGUGUUCAUUCAAAUUGAAAAUAAACUUCUUAACUUAAAAGAAGCAUUGAGGAGUCUUUACUCACCAGAUGAUCCAUCAAAUUACAUAACAGUUUUGCGAGAAUGUAUACAGAAUUUGGAAUACAGAUUAGAGGGAACAAGACUUGAUUUAUACAAAAAUAAAGAGAUUGCUGAGGCUGAUGACCUCUGUCUGCCUGCCAUUUACAUGGGUGAUUUCUUAAAGCAAUCAAAAUCUGUUGAAGAUCAAACCCUGACAUUGUUAGAUUGUUGCAGUGGAAAAGUGGAACAUCUUAACUUAAAGCAUGUGUCUAGGCUGGAAUCAAAGCUUUGCAAACUCUAUAAAAACAUGGUUUGCCUGAAUGAAAUGCUUCAACUUGAGAUCUCCUCACAACCAGCAAGCUUAAGCAGUGAACACAUAUCACAGCCAAUCAGAGAUAGGCUAGAAGGUCAUGUGACAACAGUGACAGACAUCUUGAGAGACUGCUGUCAGGACCUCUUGUCUCUGUCUGUCCUGUAUCCUGCUGCACCCUGGCCUCCUCUUAAGAAGGUUAUUAGAGAAGACCUUACAGAAGAGAACGUCAUGUCACACAUGCCAGAGCUGAGCCGGAAAAAACAACAAGAGGUGAGAUCAGUUGUGCAAGCCUUGAUGAAGUCAAUUAGCUAUACAAAGCAUAUACUGUCACUGGAGAUAAAAAUACUCAAGGAGGAACUAUCAUUUCAUCGGCAAGUUUAUCAAUGCCAGGUUGAUUAUGCAGAGUCCCUGCUGUCUGCAGUAAGAGAGGCAUACCAGAAAUUUGAAGGAAAUCUCAUGAAACUGCUUUGUGAGCCUUUGGAAGAUAUACUCAGUGCUUACAGAAAACUGAAGAACACAGCUUCUGAAGAUGAUUUGCAAACUUUUCUGUCCACAUUCAAGGACCAUGAAUCACAGUUCUCAGAUGCAAUGGAUCUUCUUCAGCCCAAGAAGGAAAAGGAAGAAUCAGGUAUCACAGCUCUCUCAGAGUUCCAAACUCACUUUGUUGACUCUUUGCACUCACUCACAAGGAAGUGUGUUUCAAAGAGGGAUAUGCUGAUGAAGCAGUUGCUUGAAGCUAAAGAUGGUGGGCUGAAAGAGGACACCACUACAUGUAGAUUAAUUGCUGAUGGUGAGGCAGUGAACACUUCAGGGAGUGGGAAAGGACUCAGCUUGUCACAACAAGUGAAAACAUUACAAUGAUGAAAACAUCACAACAUCACUGUGUCAUCAGUGUAUAUUCCCUCACAUGCCUCACCAGCUUUGAUGAUUUGAAUCUUCUGAACAAUGGCAUCAGUCACCCCUCCAUGCUCAGAUGUUACAUUUAAUGAAUUUCAAACAGGACGUCAGCCAUUAAUUCAAGUUGUGGCCAAGUAGGAAGCUAUUCUAACUGCAGUUUGAUAUCUUGUUUAAUCGUAAAAUAUGCAAUCUCCUUGACUGUGAUUGGUUUAAAAAAAAAACUACUAUUUUCCACUAAUUCACUUGCCAAGUUGUUAUUGGACAGUUUCUUAUUGGACAUUUUGUUAUCAGACAGUUUAAUAAGCCAAUCAGAUUCAAAGGUGUAGUUUACAUCAACCAAUCAAAUUCAAAGUUGGUUGUAGUCAAUUUCAGAGUUACAUUAACCCAUUAAUAGACACAGCUUUUGUGAAAAACUGUGUUUUGAAGCUAGUCGAGCAGAUUUUGGGUCACUGUU